GGUAGGCAACUUUCUUUGGACAGAAACGUUUCAGUCUGCGUAAGCCCCUUUUGUCUUCACAGUCUUUAAGAAACUCAGCCGUUUAAGUCGAUUUUGAAAAUUGACAGCACUACUAGUAGGCUAAAUCCAUGACAAUGCCCUCGUAGUUUUAAAUGAUUUCCAUAAGGACUCUGCCCUGAGAUGAACGAACAGCGGCAAGUGAAACUGUUUUUUCUCUGGACACUUUUCAUCUUCAAACUGUUCGUACUUCAAGGAAUUUUCUGCCAGGCAUCAAAACCAGAAAACAACUUCCAUAGGAGGGUUAAUGCACUGCGCCAGAAACGAGAUCUCUUCCGUGAGGAGACCUUCAGUGCAGUGUUGUCUGAUUCAGCUCUCCCUCGAAGUGUUCUACAUAAUUAUACAGUUCGGGAUGCCUCUUCAGAGUAUUGCGGGUGUCUUAAUGGUGGCUGGUGUCAGGAUGGAGGCCACUGUGACUGUGCUCAGUUCCAGGCUCUGGGAGAGCGCUGCCAAAUCAUCCCCAACCUGGGGCAGGACAGGGAUGGAAUUUGUCGCUCAUGGGGUCAGCACCAUUUUGAGACAUUCGAUGGAAUGUACUACUACUUCCCUGGAACAUGCUCCUAUAUUCUGGCCAAAGACUGCCACUCAGCGGAGCCACAGUAUACCGUGUGGGUCCAUAACAGUCGUUCAUGUCGUGGCUCAGUGUAUUCCUGUCCUCGUGCUCUCAGUCUGUUCUUUUCUAAUGAGGAGGAAAUCCACAUUAGUGGCUACCAGGUGCUAAAAGGGGAACAGAGACUGACCCUGCCCCAAACGGUGCAUAACGUGUUUAUUGAGCGUCUAGCUGACUACAUCCUGGUGAAGAGCACGUUUGGCUUCUCUCUGGCAUGGGAUGGGAGCUCCGGGGUCUACCUCAAACUGACAGAGGGCCACAAAGGCCGGCCUUGUGGGCUGUGUGGAAACUACAAUGAUGACGGAUCAGAUGAUCUCAGCAGCAGUCGUGGCGUAAACUCUGAAGACGUUGCUGGGUUUGGCAACAGCUGGGCUGUGCACCUGCCUCAUGAACGUCCCUGUCCUGCUGUAGAUGACGACUUCCCUGGACCAUGUUCAUCUGAGUCAGCUAUGGAUGAUGCCAUUGAGAAGUGUAGCGCUUUGCUCUUCUUUCCUUUCGUCUCCUGCCAUGAGAACAUUGAUCCCAAUCCAUUUGUUGCCAGCUGUGUCUCAGACCUAUGUGUCUCAGAUGAUACGGAGACAUUUUGUCGAACACUGGUUGAAUACGCCAGAGCUUGCUCCCAUGUUGGCUACCCAGUCCGGGAAUGGAGAGACAGCUUUCCUACCUGUGCGGACGAAUGUGAGGAUAGCUUUGUCCAUAGAGACUGUAUCAGCUGCUGCCCCCCUACUUGCACGUUUGAAAAAGAGUGCCUAGGCACGAACCUGCACUGUCUGGAUGGCUGCUACUGCCCUGAUGGGCUGAUUCUACAGAAUGGUACUUGUAUAGCAGUGUCUCAGUGUCCAUGUGUGUAUCAUGGCACGGCCUAUCCUUUGGGUCAUGUUCUGGAGCAGGGCUGCACUAUCUGCGUCUGCAUGGGAGGAGUGUGGAACUGCACUGAAAACAACUGCACUGCGGAGUGCACGGUGGUGGGUGACACACACGUGACUACGUUUGAUGGACGCAUCUUCAUGCUUACAGGCACAUGUCAGUAUGUACUAGUGAAAAGCCGUGGCAGCAACAAGUUUGCUGUCACACUGCAGUAUGCAGCUUGCGGGGAGUCUCAGGAACAUUCCUGUUGUCACUCAGUGAGUCUAGUGGCAGAAGAGGAUGUCAGCAGGCAAGUCACUCUCACCAGAGAAGGGGAAGUCAUCAUUGGAGCUAGCAUGGCUGUCAACUUACCUUACACAGAUGAUAUGGUGGAUGUGCGCAGGCUGACGUCUGUGUUUGUGGGCCUGCGUUCUGCCUUUGGCCUGAGGCUGCAUUAUGACUGGCGGGGUGGACGGAUCUACCUGCAACUGGAUAGCACCUGGAGAGGCUCCACCCUUGGCCUCUGUGGAACUCUCAAUGGCAACCUGCGAGAUGACUUUCUAUCCCCCGCUGGUAUGAUAGAAGGGACACCACAGCUGCAUGCUAAUGCGUGGAAAGUGUCUUCAGCAUGCAUCAGCCCUGUUAACAUCCCUAUCAUUGACCCCUGUGAGAUGAACCAACAGAACACAUUCUACGCCUUUUGUGAUGUUCUGACUGGAGAGGUCUUUGCUCAGUGCCAUGCAUACGUGAGUCCCAGCAUGUACCACCAGCAGUGCCGCUACCAAGCAUGCCGCUGUGGAAGUGGUUGCCUGUGUACUGUGCUGGCCCACUAUGCCUACAUCUGCUCCAAACACCAUGUCAUCAUCAACUUCAGAGCACAUGUCUCUGACUGUGGCAUGGUGUGUUUGGGAGGAAUGAUGUACCACCCUUGCACAUCGUCGUGUGGGAGAACGUGCCAUUCAGUGAGCAUUGGGGAGGUGUGUGAUCGGGACUGUGCUGAAGGAUGUGGCUGUAUGGAUGGAAUGUUCUAUGAUCAUGCAAGACAGCGUUGUGUACCACUUUCUCAGUGCCAUUGUUACUUCAUGGGCUCAGUGUUCCAGCCAGGAGAAGUCUCCUUCAGCUCCUCUGGGCCUUGCCUCUGCAGAAAUGCCCGUAUGGAGUGUGUGCCAGAAGAAAGAGAGCCUGAGAGAGGUGAUUGCCCCAAUGGUAAAGUUUACUACAACUGCAGGGGCCAGCUUGGGGCAGGGCCAACUGGUGUGGGCGUGGCCUGUGAGCUAACCUGUAGAAACCUGAUGUUGAAUCUCACCUGUCCUCCGAUGACCCCCUGUGUACCAGGCUGUGGAUGUCCUGCAGGCUUGGUUGGUCAUAAUGGAGACUGCUAUUAUCCAGAAAACUGCCCAUGUGCCUGGCUAGGUUUGGAGUAUCUUCCUGGAGAGACAGUGGACACGCCUUGCUACCAUUGUGUGUGCCAUCGUGGGUUCUUUAACUGCACAUAUUUUCCCUGUCCGGCCGUGUGCACCAUCUACAGCGACCGUCAUUAUCACACUUUUGAUGGCCUGGAAUAUGACUAUGUCAGUGACUGCCAGGUCUACUUAGUAAAGAGUGUUGGUGACACAGAGAUUUCCAUUACGGCACAGAAUAAAGACUGCUAUGAAAGUGGAAUAGUCUGUAUGAAGAACCUGCUCAUCUAUGUUGGCCUCACUAAACUAUACUUCAGUGAUAACUCAGGCAAACCAAGCUCCUCCACUGUGGUGGGAAGAGGGUAUGAGUUUGAGUUGUGGGGGGCAGGCUACUACACUGUGGUCCAUUUUCCCAACCAGGACUUGACUGUGCUCUGGGACCGCAAAACAACAAUCCACAUUCGUGCUGGACCACGAUGGAAGGGACAGUUCAGUGGCAUGUGUGGAAACUUUGACAUGGUGACAGUGAAUGACAUGACCACAGCAGGGCACAUGGAGGUCAGCAACGCUCAGGCCUUCGGAGACAGCUGGGCGCUAGGCCAGUGUGAGAGUGAUUUUGUGGUACGCAGGCCCUGUGAAGGAGACUUGAGCAGACAGCCGUAUGCUAAGCGAGAAUGUGGACUCCUCUACAGUGACGUUUUCGCUCCAUGCCACAAUGUGGUGGAUGUAACCUGGUUCUAUAAAAACUGCCUGACAGACACUUGCAACUGCAACCGUGGAGGGGACUGUGAGUGCUUGUGCACUAGCAUUGCUGCAUAUGCACACAAGUGCUGUCAGCACGGUGUCACGAUACAAUGGAGAUCCCCUACUGUCUGUCCAUAUGACUGUGAAUACUACAAUCAAGAGCUGGGUGAUGGUCCAUUCACUUUGACCACUAUUGAGCUGAAUGACUCAGUGUGUGUCUUUGGAGCGAAUGUCAGUAGUGGAGAGGUUUUUCCUUUGCUGAGGACCAAUGCCCGGCCCACUACCAUCUUCAACUUCAUGAUUACCAGCGGACUCUAUAGAGACAGAGCUUCACGACUCCCCACUGUCUCACUGGAGUCUGCUGAGCGCCCAAACUACUUCCUGUGUGUUAUGGCAAAUCGGGCAGUGCGGCUGGAGCGGUGGAGACCUGGGGAGGACUUUCGUCGCCAGGCAACCUUCAUUCAUCACCAGGGCUUGUGGUUGCCAGGGCGAUCCUCCUUUGAGCUCCAUAGUCAGAAGGGCGUCUUCCUCACGCUCACACACACACAUGCACGUGCACAGAGCUACGACAGCUCACACUCCUUCAAGGCCAGCAGCAGUUUUACCAUUGAGGAGAGCAGUUUUGUGAUCCCGUAUCGUUUGAUGUGUGAGUGGAAGUACCAUGCGUGUUCUAGCCCAUGUGUGAAAACAUGCAGCGACCCCACUGCUACACGAUGCCAUUUCCUCCCUCCUGUAGAGGGCUGUUUUCCUCGCUGUCCCAAGAGCAUGGUGCUAGACGAAGUCACCAGGAGGUGUGUCUAUCGAGAAGACUGUGUGACGCUCCCACCAACUCCUACACCAUACAUGUUUGUGACCCGCUCCAACAGGACAACCACAGUUUCUACCACAACAGUUCCGACAACUACGACUACAACUACCACAACCACUACUACCACAACAACUACAACUACUUCUACUACUCUCAGAACGACCACUACUGCUCCUACUACACCUCCUACUACACAAAGGACUACCAGCACAACAGAAUCUGUAGCUCCCAGUACACUUCCCACAGAGCCUGUUACAUCACCUAGCACAUCCUCUCCCUCACCCUCCUUCACUACACCUGCCAUAACUUCCUCUCCUCCAACUACAGAGUCCACUCUGGUUACCACAACCACUCCCACCACCACAGCCUCCACCACCCCAGAACCUACCACACUCCCUACCACCACCACAACCACUCCAUCAACAACUACAGAGAUGCUGACCACACUUGAGGAGACAACCACAACAGAAACUCCUUCCACCACUCCUGUGGUUACCACAACAACUCCUCUCCCAACUACCAUGACCACAGAGACGACUUCCCUCUCCACAGUGACAGAGGAGUACUACACAUCUGUAAUGACAACAGAAACACUCCCGGAGAUCACAUCCACCUCUCCCUCACCCUCUCCCACGCUGGAGACGGUUGGCAUUACAACUGUGCUCCCUCCAUUCUUACUGCCCACUGGGCCCUGCACGCCUCCAUACUCUGUGAGAGUGGAUGAGUGCAGUGAGUACAUCUGCUUUAACGGCCAGCUGAUGCUGCACAACUCCUCGCAGCACUGCAGAUUCAACAUCACCCAGCCUCAGUGCAACCUGCUGGGCAUGCCCAUACAGAUCAACACAGACCCAUGCUGCCCACUGUGGCGUUGUCCCUGUCGCUGCUCAAUAAUCUCAGACCUGCGUGUGAUCACGUUUGAUGGGAAUAAUGUUGCUCUGUAUGAUAAUGGCUCCUAUAUACUGGUCCACCUACCCAGAGAGAACAUUGUUGGACACAUUGAGAAAUGCCCCACCAGUGAGAGUGUGAACUACAUCAGACGACCCACUCCUACAGGUGGAACUUCUGGUUUAUGUUUUAAGAAGUUGAACAUAACCACUCAUGCCUACAGGAUCAUGAUCAAUCGCUUUGACCGCAAGGUGUCUGUGAACCAGAUCACUGCUCGGCUGCCCUUCACUAGGCUGAAUCUGCAGAUUGAUGACACAGGAACCAUGUAUAGCAUCCAUACUCCUAGUGGAAUCAGCAUACAGUGGUACCACAGCACCGGCAUCAUGGUCCUUCAAUACGGAGCCCCUGACAACACUUCUACCAGAGGCCUCUGUGGCUGCUGUGAUGGAAACCCUGCCGAUGACCUGCGUCUGCCCAAUGGGACAGUAAUGCGUGAUGUAGAGGACAUCCCUGUAUUUCUCCACAGCUGGAUGGUGGACACUUCAGAGGAGACGGAUUACUUCCGCCGAGUUGGAGACAACUGCACCACAGGCAACUGCACUAAAUGUUUCCAAAUGCUCAACCAGAGGCCAUUCUCCAAGUGUCACCACAAGGUUUCACCGGAGCAGUUCUGUGAUAAGAUCUGGGCAGGUGACCUUCACUAUAAGGAGCAUGAGUGUGAUUUUCUGGCUGCUUAUGUGGCCAUCUGCUAUACUCACCAAAUCUGCUUCAGCUGGAGGAAAAACAACUUUUGCCCUUUGAAGUGUCCUCCUGGGAAAGAGUACAAGCCAUGUGUGAACACAUGUAAGACCAGGACAUGUCAGAAUAGAGAUUACUAUGAGGAGAGCACCUGUUCCUCCAUUCGGGAGGAGUGUGUAUGUAAGAGUGGCACUAUCCUGCACCGAGCUGACUCAGCAUUCUGUGUCACUGAGGACCAGUGUGUUUGUACGGAUAAUGAAGGCUCUCCACGGGCUCCGGGGGAGGUGUGGAAUGGCUCGCUUCGAGGCUGCUGUCUGUUCAGCUGUCUGGAGAAUGGCAGUGUGGUGCCAGUGGAGCCUGAAUGUCCCCCCGAGCCAGCUCCACUGUGUGAGCGUGAGGGAGAGUAUGCCAUUGAUGUGCUUGAGGAAGGAGCCUGCUGCCCCAAAAAAAUCUGUGAAUGUAAUCUAACCAUUUGCCAGAAUGAUGUUCCUACCUGUGAGAAUGGAAAUAAGCUGGUGAUUGGCUACAGCACCCUCUCCUGCUGUCCAGAGUACCGUUGUGAAUGUGACCCUCAGGCCUGUCCCAGUGUCCCUACCCCCGAGUGCAGAGAGGACCAGUUCCUGGUGGAGGUCAGAGGACAGCAUGACUGCUGUUACACUUAUUUGUGUGUGUGUGAGUCCUGUAUGGAUCCCAUCCCAGUGUGUUUGCCGGGAGAGAUUCUGGCAGUGGACAUAAACACUACAAAUCACUGCUGUCCCCAAUAUCACUGUGUGUGUGACAUGAGCCUGUGUCCUGAGCCCAGUAUUAGCUGUGCCCCUGGUGCUGCAUUGGUUAGAAGGCCUGUACCUGGCAGCUGCUGCCCAGAGAUCCACUGUGAGUGUCAGUGUCAAAACAUCAUACGGCCUCAGUGCACCGCGGGAGAAAUUCAAGUUGAGGAGCCAGAUUACACUGGUACCUGUGGCUGCACUCAGUACUCCUGCAAGAAGGCAGAUGUGUGUUUGUUUCAGGGUGUGACUGUGCUUAGCCCAGGCCAGUCUAUGGUACAGUAUUUUGAGGGUGAGCUGUGCUACACUGUGCAGUGCCUCACACACAAAGACCCCAGCACAGGCUUCUAUGCUAUGGACGUGACAACUGCCAACUGCUCCGAAAAGUGUGAGCCCCAUCAGGUGUAUGUCCCAUCUUCUGACCCCCAUGUGUGUUGUGGCUCCUGUAAAAACAUCUCAUGCUCAUUUUCCAGUGAAAAUGGAACUACAGAAGUAUUUAUGGCGGGCAGCUCUUGGGUGGCUAACUGCACACGAUUUGACUGUAUGGAGACUGCAGUGGGAGCAGUGAUUCUCGCCUCCGGAGUUGUCUGCCCCCCUUUCAAUGACACUGAGUGUAUUCAGAAUGGAGGUGUGGUGCAGACAUAUGUGGAUGGCUGCUGUAAGACAUGUGCUGGACUUGGUUUGUUGCCUUUUUCCGUUAGUCCAGUAACUCCCACUGCUAGUACUAACUGUGACACAGGUAAAGAGGAUGGUAAAACAUGUAAAAGAGUCGCAAUUAGGACAACCAUCAGGAAAGAUGACUGCAGAAGUAACGCACCAGUCACAGUAUACUCAUGUGAUGGGAAGUGCCCGUCUGCCACCAUCUUUAAUUUCAACAUAAACAGCCAUGCGCGCUUUUGCAAGUGUUGUCGUGAAAAUGGCCUACAAAAUCGCAUCAUCCAGCUUUACUGCACACGCAAUUCUACUACUGUGGACUACAGCUACCAAGAGCCUAUGGACUGCUCAUGCCAGUGGAACUAAUAACUGUUAACAGCUAGUGGUACAUAGCCUGUAUACUCUCUCAGUGGCCAUGUUCAGUUUUUACUGCACAGAUCAGUAAAACUACAAACUACUAACACCAUCUUGUAGUUUUAGGGACAUUCAAGUCUGUGAUUUAUCUGAGAGUAUUAUGUAUGUUAAUCACAUAGAUGAGAACAUAACCAAUAACUACUGUUGAAUCAGCUAGACUUCUAGAUGUA